UGUGAGGAUGUGUACGCUUCCGUGAAUUUGUGUUAUGCUCGCGCGUAAUCGAUACACACUAUGGGAUCACCAAGCCACAGGGAGUAUCAGAGACUCUUCGAUUAUUUUGCAAUAGUUGGACUAGAUCCCGAAGGAGGCUUGGAACGCAACCAUAUUCAAGGUGCUGAAGAAGUGGUGCCGCCCCUGGAGAGGAGUUACGUAGCCACCGUCCUCGGCCACUACCCCGACGCGGUACCCGGAGCGCCCCUCGACCGCCAUGCGCUGCAAAUGUUAUGCCUGCCGAAGGGGCUGCAGUUGCGGACUCAGAAGCAGUCGCUGGAGGCGGUGUACCAUCCGUUCCUGAUCACCCGCGAGGACGGGUCUCGAUGCUACGGUUUCGCCUACACCUUCUACGAGGAGGUCAACUCCACGCGCAUCUGCACCGCGCUCCACGCUCUCCAGUCUGCGUACCUGUCGGAGGUGUCGAACACCCACGGCAGCAGCAGCAACGUGUCGGACUGCAUCGGUACGCCACAGAAGGGCGACGCCCGUCGCGACACUCGGUCCCUGCCGCGGGAGUUCCGAUGGUCGUCGCCCAACUCGGGGGCGUCACGUCAGUUUUAUGACGUCACCAAGGACCAGCUCUUCGUGUCCAAGUGCAUCGUCUUGAUGGGACGCCAGCCUGAAGUCGGAGCUGCUCGGAAAUUUCUUGUUGGACUUUAUAAGCUGUUCACAGAGUGCGAGGGCGGUGCAGUGACGCUGGAGUCUCACGUACACAACCUCCUGUACGAGGUGCACGCGCCCCCUGCCGGCCGUUGCCUGGCCUUCAGUUGCGUGGGGUCCCCCCAGAUCUGCUACAGACCCACCUCGCAUGAGCUGCCUCUCUUGCUUUAUCCUCUCCGGGAGUUGUUCUCGGUGCUGAGCCCCGAGUGUGUGGUGCAGCUUCUGUCCUGCAUUGUCCUGGAGAACCAGAUACUCCUCGUGUCGGCCGACUACUACCGCCUCAUGCUGGUAGCAGAGUGCAUGUGCGCGCUGGUACUACCGUUCUCCUGGCACCACGUGUACGUGCCCAUCCUGCCAGCAGCGCUGUCACACUUCCUAGACGCGCCCGUCCCGUUCAUCAUGGGCCUUCACGCCACCCCCGCCGCCAAGAGCCACAUCGCAAUACCUGACGAGGCGAACCUGUGUCUGGUGGACGUGGACGCUGGGGCGGUGGACGUGCCCGAGGACUUGCCUCAGUUCCCUCACGCGUCAGAGUUCGUAGCGGAGCUAAGCGCCCUCCUCGCCCGCUGGGACCUGCCGGUGCCACAGCACCGCUCCCUCGACAGAAGUUGCGCGAAGGAAAGCUUUAUUCACAAACACCAGCGGCGACGCAAGUAUUCCUGGUGCCACGACUCAGACUCUGGAGUGUCGAGCAACGAAGGUUCGGUGACAGGGUCUCUGUGCGGCUCCAUGAGCGAUUCCGUCACGGGUUCCAUGUCAGGAUCCUUCUCUGGGUCUCUGAGCAGCUCCAUGACAGGCUCCUUCUCUGACUCACACUCCUCUGGAGGCUCGUGGCUCCAGAGCUCCAAUGCUUCUGCCCUAAAGGCUUUGCGUGCUGACAUGAACCAAGCAGCUUGUAGCGGAAACUCUCGGUUGCAGGACAUGAAACCUCCUCCCUUGUCUUUAUUUAAUGGUGGACUGUCGCCUUCCUUUGACCGGCCUCUUACCUCUCAACUUAACGCUAAAUCUGCAGUUACAUCCACGAAUGUAAAUAGUGAUCAGGGGCACCUCAACGUUGUUAACAACAACAAACUAUCAUGUAACGGUAGUAAAAAAUAUCCACCACCCCCGGAAUGUUCGUUGACAAGCGUCACUGCAUUCCAUGACCACGGCCCUUCUUCUGGUUUAGCUGAUGCCGCUUCUAAAUUAUUGUCUUCUCAUCCUUCUUGUUUACCUCUCUCACCUCGUACCACACGACGCCUUCAUUCCCUUAAUUCCUGCACACAUCACACGACAUCGUCACCCCCCACAUCAUCACUUGCCUCUCCUACGCACCAUCACUCUACGCCUCGUGGGGAACAGAGUCGCUCAGGUUCUCCCCACCGUUCCAGCAGCUCUGGAGGCGGCGGCCCCUCCAGUCCUUUCCUCUUCCAGACUUCCCUCAAAGAUAUCAGCCAGUCCCCAAAUAGCAAGGACUUCUCUGUGAGCUCCAAGAGACCUGGAGUGUAUGAUAGAGAAAGUCUACGGAGAGCUCUUGUAAGCAGCGGUCUCGGUCAGGAGAACCACAAACAACUUAACAUCAUGGACAUCACGCCUGCCUGUCCUGAGGUGCAGGCCUUCCUUGAGAUGUUGCAGUUCAACAGCGCCGUCAGGGAGGUCUUCUUCAACAGAUUUGUGCAGAUGUUCUGGACGUACGAUCACUUCAUUAUUCAGCCCGACGUACGAGAGGUCGACAUGGAGACGUGGAUCAACAACAGGGAAUCUCUCCAGAAUUUCGACAAAGCGACGUUCUUGUCUGACCAGCCCGUCGCCCACCUGCCCUUCUUGUCUCGCUUCAUCGAGUCUCAGAUGUUCGCUUCAUUUAUUGACAGCAAAAUACUCUCCUUCUGGGGCGAGGUUAACAACAACCAGCGACUCUUUGACGCCAGGAUACGACAGCUCAGGGAACACGUGGAUGAAAGCGUGGUACGGCCGCCGUGUUACGAGCAAUGCACGAGCAUCGCAGACUCUGCAGCUAUCCUAGAGAAGAGGUUGUCCCGCAUCGACUACGUGGCGGCCGCGCCCGUGACCCUUGACCCGCUCACGCAGUCCUGCACGCUCUUCAACCCUGGACACUUCCCGCUGCUAGACAGGACGGCGCUUAACAAGGAGCCACAGAAGAGUAAGAAAAGUCGCGGUGCGUGGAGGAGGCGUGAGCGGCAGGCGCAGCACUUGCAGCACACAGGCCUCAGCGCUGAGCAGAAGGACAGGGUGCUGAGUGAGGCCAAGACCCUGCACCCCGCCCUCCCUCCCCACCCCAAACUUGCGGACAUGGCGCCCGCCCUCAUGGCCCAUACCAACUGGAAGUUCGUCGAGCAACUGUUGAAGGAGUGCAAGACGCGCACUAAGCGCAUGCUGGUGGCCAAGAUGGGGGCGGAGGCCGUGGAGUUAGGACACCAGGAGGCGUCGCUGGUGGGGGUCGAGGAGAACACGCUCGUCGCCUCCCUCUGCCAUCUGCUGGAACGUGUCUGGGCACACGGACUACAAACUAAACAGGGCAAAUCAGCGUUGUGGUCGCACUUGUUGAGCUACCGCGAGUUGGAGUUAUGUUGCGGCUCAGCGCUACCAGACGAUCCCAACUACCUCUCUCCUGCCGUGGCCCUGUACUCCUUCAGGAAACACAUCGAUCCCUUCAUGGAGGGCCUCAGCACGAGCGUUGCAGUGCUGCCAGACGCAGCUCAGCUCAGUCCUUGGGAAGACUCGUUUACGUCAGUCGCUGAAAUGCUUAGUUUUGUGUCAGUCGCGCGGUGGACGCGGCUCAGUAAGCGUGUGCUGCGCUCGCUGGAGCUCUCAACCAUGGCUCUGGAGACGGAGAGCGCCCCUGCUUCUCCUACUCACGGCGCUCAUCCAUCGUCGGGCUACACAAACUCUACUUCCCGGACCAAAAGCGCCUCUGCCCACAACACUUUGCGCAAAAAUUCAAUUUCUUCUGGGAACUUGAUAGAGAAAGGCUCUAAAUUAUCUCUCCUCGGCAGCCAUCAUGGUGGAUCAAACCAAAACCUUUCGUCCCAGAACCACCGUCGACCUUCGUCAGCAGAGUCGUGUGCGAACUCAACACUAGGAGCUUCGCUACCUCCGUUGGUCGUGUCGGUGACGCACGACAUGAGAAACGUCAUGGCCAUGAGUGAGAUCAAGACCGAGAUUGGCUUCGCCCGAGCAUGGUUGAGAUUAUCGCUGGAGAAGAAAUUAUUAUCGAAGCAUUUGGCGACACUUCUUAGCGAUGCUGAACUGCUCAGAACCCUGUACAAACGUUAUGCUUUCUUGCGCUGUGAUGAAGAAAAAGAACAAUGUCUUUCGUACCUGCUCUCUCUGAAUGCUGUUGAUUAUUAUUGCUUCACCAACACCUACACGAGCACGAGUAAGUCCGACCGCAGAAAGUUUAUCUUUUUCCCAUCCAACACCGCCAACGCUUGGGUGUGCAUCUCAGGCACCCUGGGGGACACCGCCAAGAUUCCGCUCAGCAAAACCAACCCCAACCAUAUGGUCUUCCAGCACAAAAACCUGGGCCUGUUGUCUACCCUGCGACUGGGCCACGACAACUACGGGCUCAGUCCCAAGUGGCUUGUGGAGCACGUGCUGGUGCGCAACGAGAUUACGGGACACACUUGGAAGUUUCCGUGCGGCCGAUGGCUUGGCCGCGGCAUCGAUGACGGGUCACUGGAGCGCAUGCUGGUGGGGGAGAUGGUCCCAGGACACGUGUCUUCUGACGACCUCAUCCAGAGUUGCCGCACGCCCCCGCGGUGCCGCUCCCCCAACCUCGUGGGGCCGAGGAGGACUGACGGCAAGACCGGCGUUGCUGAGAUCCAGCAGCUCCUUGGUGACGCAGUGAACAACCUCGUGAAGUUCUUCUACAAGCCAGAGAAGGAGCGCGGAGGCAGCCUGACGCUGCUGCUCUGCGGAGACUCAGGCCUCGUCGCCUGCCUUGAGCUCGUCUUCAACUUUGGCUUCAAGAGCACGCGGUUUUUUGGCAAAAACCUCUACCUCUGGGACUACUUUGAGCGCGUAGAGCAGGAGUUCCAGCUCACUCUGAAGGACGAGCAGGACAGGCUGCAGCUCACGGGGCUAGCGCGCACCGACUCCUCAGCAAUUAUCAAGAGAAAGUUCAUUCUGCUCAUCGAUAAAAUUAAUCAAAAAACUACUCAUCUGGGGAAAGAUGACAAGUUCCAGCUUUUCAUGUGCAUCUCCGCCAGCUGCAUUCAACUGCUGCUACCGCUGCACCACUGCACGGCCACGUCUCAUCUGUACGACGAGUCUGCCUUCCUCCGCGACCCGCAGCUCCUCAAGGAACUCAUCAACGUCCUCGCUGCCGUCGCCGAGUUCGACAUCGUCCUGGAAGACUCCCUCACCAGGGGUGUUGAUAACUGAACUACUGGCUGUUGUUGGGUCACUGACACUGCUGUUUGUGUUACUUGAUCAGUUAUAGCUAAGCUAAAAGGCGGGCUACUUGAUCACUGAAGCGUGUUACUUGAUCACUGAGGUGUGAUACUUGAUCACUGAGGCGUGCUACUUGAUCACUGAGGCGUGCUAGUUGAUCACAGAUACGGGCUGCUUUAUUAUAGAUAUUUUUCCACCUUGUACUGAAGUUUUAUGAUGGCUAAUGCGCUGUGUGUCUAUCAGCUUUUUAUUUUAAGUAGUAAAUAACGAAUAAACUCAUAAAUACUCAGUCUGUGAAAAUGUUUGUAAAGUUGAGCCUUGUAAAUCGACAGAAUUUAUCGUUUUAGUCCUUAUCAUAAAAUGCUUCCUAAACGUUCACAUCACUCAAGUGUACUAUGCGGCUAAAAAUAAUAUAAUUAAUAAUUAUAAUUAAAAGUUCUGCUAAUUCUUCAGAGAAGUUCUCUUAUGCUCGUUCAGUAGAAUGAAAUUCCUUAUUCCAGAAAAGUUCAAUUCUGUCUCAUUUGUGUUGUCUCCAUGAUAAAAUCAAAAGUGUGGGAAAGGCGCGCUCUCAUUCACGACUUAAAAUCAUUAGGACACAUUCGAUGAAUGUACGCCAUUCAUCUUAGUCUUUUUCUUGAUUACUUAUUGAAUUAUUGAUUAUUUUUUCUGGGGCUCGAGUUAUCCUAAAAAUCGGAGCUUACUCAACUAAAAUCUAGGCGAUCACUGAGUCUGCUUUUCUCAAAGUCUGCUUUUUCCUUUUCAGCACAAACUUCGAUUACUGCUUCUAAGCAGAAGAGCUUUCUGAUAACCCAGCCUCUAGGAAGCAUAAGCUGUCGUGAACGUAACUUUGUAUCAUCAAUUGACUGGAGACCGCUUCUCUACCAACUAUCCACUUUCCCAUUUGUAGUUUAGACUAUGAUACGAUAAAAUUUAUCUUCUCUUUCCUCGUAUAUUGUGACCAAAAGAUUUGCCUGAUUUAAUUUUUCGCCAUUCCCAAUCAGCCAUUUUGACUUGACAUAAUCACUCUAUAUAGUUUUAUCCAAAUUACUAUACGCACGCUUCCAAAAGAUACUCUUUUUUUUAAUAUCAUCUUUCUUCUGAGCGGAAACCUACAUAUUUUUGCUGUCGUUUUUAUGUCAAAAGUUUAGCUCUGAUCAUUAUUAAAGUAUUCGCAGUAUAAAUUUUUUCAAUUGAACUAUUUUAUUGAAAUUACAUGUCACCAUUGUAGGAGAAACUCUGAACGAUCUGAUAACAUAAUUGUUUGAUAUUCAUUUCAUUAUAAAUUAGGAUGUUAGUGCAGCUAGAGGAUUUAGUUUCUAGUCAUAUUUUCGCAUAGUUUUAAUAAUAAGAGUGUGCUCAUGUUUUACGUGAUCAUCUGAGUGAUUUGUGUAAAUAAAUACCGUAUAACGUUGUAGGUAUUAGUUCUACGAACAUGUGAAACCCAAUCAAGUUGGCAACUCUCGGUCACCUCACACAUGUUCAUAGUUUAUUGUUGUUCUCGACCGGUUAGCUCACAACACUCAUUUUUCACGCUGACAAACACAUUAAUAUCGAAAAUUAUACGAUAAUUUCAGUCAUAUAUUAGCCCUAUUGAUCUUAUUCUAUCUAGGAAAAGCUCAUGAUUGGUCUACCAAUUUACCAAUUUUUACAGCUGCAUGCAUGGUAAUUCAGUCAUGGAAAGAUUUUUUCAUUUGUUUUCCUAUGAAUCAAUGAGUUUGUUAACUAAUAUUGUGUAUACCUUGCAGAUUGUAAGAGAUUGCAGCGCUUAAUUAUAACGGUUGCGUUGGAAAACUGCACCCUGUCAUUUCCAACUGCCUAGAAUGCCCUGCGAGCUACUGUUAUCUAACCUUUCACUUGUAAAUUUAAUUGUGUGCCAAAUAGCAUGUGAACUCGCGAUUCUCUCAGUCGUCAAUCAAAAAUAAUGCUCCAUAUAUAAUUUUCAAAAUAUUGAAAAAUAUUUUGUGGUGUGAUCUGACCUCCAAUUCGAUGGGGAAAACAAUUACGUAUUUUUUUCUCUUUUUUUUCAUUGCACUAUGUUUUGCGUAACAGUGACUAUUCUUGUGAACAAUAGGGAGUAACAUUUUCUUUGUGUUGAAGUAUCCGAGAUUUUCAUCGCGGUACAAUAAGUGUUCAUUGUUUAUACGCUGUCUAGUCCUUGCGAAAUGGUUCCAGUUAUUAUUUUCUGUAUUGUUAGUAGAGCCCUGGCACGGGGAUUAAUGAAUGCAUGUAUUCUAUUCUUGUCUCAAUUGAUUGCCUUUUCACCUUCCUUGUUACCGUUCUUAGAACACUCAUAUUAUCCUCUUCAUUCCACCUCC